AUGGCCUCACGAACGUCAUUUUCAAAAAAGUCCGACCCAAAAUCCGCACCAAACAGUAACUUUUUGUGGAUGCAAUGUUACCUGUUGAACCUCGUGUGGGUUGGUAUUGUCCCAAAUACGGCAAUUUUGCUUGUUAACAUAGCCAUUCAUCCAAAAAUGCGCUUCGUCACUAAAGACGAUUUUUCGGCCAAAAUUAGGGUCCUCUUCCAAACGCUCCGAAACCCAGUCAGCAAACAAUCAGCGUUGUCUAUGGUCAUUAAUUUUGAGCUCCUGGGUCAGUUGGCAAAAUUCGCCAAGUUGAAGACUGUGAAAGACCCGAGUUCUUGUGCACGGCGAGGAAUUGACUGCCUCGGGUUCUCCUGCACACUUUCACGUACCGCGGCGAUAUUCUGGACCGAUCUGGCGUUUCUUUGA